AUGAGCAGCAUCGAUUCACCUCCACGAAAGGAUAUUCGACGUGAGGAACUCCUACAGAAAAUCACUUCCCCAGUUCCUGAAGAACCCGUCCCUCCCAAGGAGAAGAAAGCCGCCGAACCCGUGCUGGUAUUUGAUGAGAAGCUUGGUGAAUGGAUCUACCCCGUGGACGAAACCCUUCAGGCUCAACUAGAAAAUGUCAAUUAUUUUGUGAAAUUGCCAUCAAGGGAACUUUUGGUUCGAAAUCUGCUUGCACAAGCCGAAGGAGCUUUUGUCGUACGAUAUUCGGAAUCAAAACGACGAUGUCUGGCGUUGAGCGUUCGAGUACCGCCCACGCAUAAUCCAGCAUGCAUAUCACACUACCUGAUUGUCAGAAAUCAGCACGGAUAUCGAAUUAAGAGCUGUGACAAGCAUUUCCCAUCGCUCCAAAUGCUUAUCACUCAUCACUCGGUAAUGCCAGAGAAGUUACCGGUAGCGCUGACAUUUGUCCAAUGGAAUGCGUCCGAUUGGGUUGAAACCUACGACAUGCCACCGAUGGUCGUCACUGAUAAAAGGCACUCUUACUCACACGCCACCAAAUUCUCGGAGACGGAUGAGAAUAGGAAUUCAAAAUGCUACCAAGAUCAGGAGCGUCGAAUAGAAGACUUUGUCACGCCAAAGAGACGAUCACGCAUUUACCUGGACAGCUACCGGCAUUCUCGUUUCAUCGACAUCGCCUAA